CUUAUUCGAAUUGUAUUAAAGGAGUGAACGAGUAAUGUAUAGUAAUAUAUUCUCAUUAUUGUAGUUCGAAGUGAACGACAAUCUGAGCACCACAUUUAUUUGAAAUUCUGAACGAGACUGCGUUUUUUCUUUGUUGCAAAGUCCAGCAUGUUGAAUUCUUUCACUCAUGAGAAAUAUGUUUACCUCGUGGUUUUGUCAGGAAACCUCCUGGCUCUCACCGGAGAUGCAUCCAUGUCUUGGUCGUCACCCGUACUCACAAAACUCAACAGCACUGGUUCAGAUAACCCAAUGGGAGCACCACUGAGUGAAGACGAACGUUCCUGGAUAGCGUCUGUGAGCGGUCUAGGAUCACUGAUCGGUGUCAUUCCCUUCGUCUUCCUUCCAGAUCUCAUAGGAAGAAAACCGAGUCUGUUACUCAUCGGAAUACCGCACAUGAUAUCAUUUGGGCUAGCAGCUAUCGCAAAAUCAGUAUUCACGCUAUACGUUGCCAGAUUUUUCAGUGGCAUCUCCACAAUUUCCUGCUACGUUGUACUACCCAUGUAUGUGGCGGAAGUUUCCGAAAACUCCAACAGAGGUCUCAUGCUAGUCACUUUCGGAAUCUUCUCACAUUUCGGUAGUCUAUUGUCAUACUCUGCCGGUCCCUAUUUUUCCAUGUUUUGGUUCAACAUGUUCCUGUUUAUGUUUCCUGCAGCUUUCUUCUUAUCAUUCCUUCUGAUAGCUCCCGAGUCUCCGUAUUUCCACGUACUGAAGAAGGACUACACUGCAGCAACUAAAUCUCUGGAGAAAUUGGGACGUAGCAACCCUGAAGCAGAGCUGGAGAAGAUAAAGGUUGAAAUAGAAGGCUCGAAAAAGGGAGAUAUAUUAAAAACGUUGAUGAAAAAGCAUGCUCUGAAAGGAAGUUUGAUAGCGUUGAUGUUGACAACCUUCCAGCAACUAUCUGGGCAGGCUGUGUUCACUUCCUACACCCAGGAAAUAUUUGUGGAAGCUGGUAGUAGUAUCAAAGAUUCAGCUACAAGCUCUUUGAUCGUUGGUAGUGUUACAUUUUUUGCUAGUUUUCUGUGUCCAUUCGUAAUAGACAAGAAGGGUCGUAGAUUCGUUCUUGUUAUUUCCAUUACCGGUAUUAUAAUCAUGGAACUGAUUUUUGGUUCGUAUUACUACUUAAGAGAGGAAAAUUAUGACAUCACUUCGGUCAAGUGGCUACCUCUGGUUUGUUUGAUGGGAUAUAUGCUCUUCUUUUCUAUUGGUAUGGGUCCGAUGCCUUUGACGAUCACUUCAGAGAUCUUACCGGGAAAUAUUAAGUUUUUUGUUUCCACUGUUUCCGGUAUAUUUGGAACCAUAAGUUCAACACUACUGCGAAAGAAUUACUACGUUUUAAACAACAAUUUGCAUUACUUUGGCACCAUAUGGUUGUUCGCUGGAUUGAGUACGUUUUUGUUGAUAUUUGUUUUGUUGGUAGUACCGGAAACUAAAGGAAAAAGCUUUUCUGAAAUAUUGAAGAAAUUAGGUAAAUGAUUGAGGAGAUCCGCAAUAGGUACACUGAAGUAAAUUAAUUGUUACCAACUCAGAUAAUUUAAUAAUUUGAAUAUUUCGUUUUGUUAAAAAUUUGUUUAAAAUUCCUAAUUGUCUAAUGAAAGAUAUGAAUAUUGUAGGUACAUAUAUAGUUUAUAUUCUCUCUUUCGCAAAAUGUCUAUAUUUAUACUCAGUGACGAUAAUGUUACUCCUAUAAGAAAUAAUACGUUCAAUUUUGUUUUUGACCACAAAGUCUAAUAGACAAUAAGCUCUACGAGACCAUAAUAUCAAAUUGACUAUUUGAAACAAUGAGUUGGGGAAUAAGUUAUUGUUUAAGCUCACCCAACUUCUCGAAACCAAUCAUUCUGGAUAUAACCAUUCUUAUGUUACUGAGUAUAUGUUCUUGAAAUAUGAAACACAGAUAGUAUAUGUUCUUGUAAUAUGAAACACAGAUUAAAUAGUAUCAUAUCAUUCGUAAAGGAGAUUUUAUUCUUUUCAAAAUUCAAAUCAUAUCAAAGCACUUACGUGAAUUUUUUCACGAACGUUCACAUAUACAUUCAAACUA